GUUCUAUCUCACCUUCAAUCGAUCCGACUUCUUCUGGUUUUCUCUACACCGCUCCUUGUGCAAGUGUUCUGAUUAUCCCAGUGGAGUAGAAUGCCUAUACAGCCCAUUUCCGCCAUGAUCUUGCCUGCAGCGUGUUGCUGGAUCGUCGGCUUCUUCCCUCCUCGACUCCAUCGUUCGAGCCGAGCAGUAUGACGGAGAGAACAAAGAAUCUUGAGGAGAUUGCACGACUGUCAGUUCCUUAAGUGGGGAGCUGGGAGGGUAAGAUUAGGUGAGGCUUGGCUGCCUGGGUACACCUGGAUGCGACGGUAGCCAUUCGCGUAUCAACUUCGAGCUUGCUCCAGCAAGGUAUCUUCCGUCCCGAUUGUUUGAUAUAUGACAAGGCUCUUUCAGCGCACACUUCAUUGAGCUAAAGAUGUGCCAGAGGGAAACAUGCGUCGUCUGGUUAAGCUGGUACCGAGACAACUGGUCUCCGGCUAGGGCUUCAAAGGACGCCAGGAAGUUGAGACCAAAUUCCUGGAAGCCACAUGCUGUGCAAAAUUGGCUCCUUUGUCAGACAUCUGUCUUAUAUUUGAAUUUAUACUUCAUUUUAGUUGCUCUUCUUGUUGGUUCUGCGGUGGCUAUUCAAAUCUUCUUUAGAUAGUUUCGAUGAAGCAAGUGGGCUACGGUGUCAUCAUUGGUUUUUUGGCAUUUCCCAAAAAGAGUUUGUUGUUGAACUCCACACGUCUUUGUGCAUUGCUUAAAGCGUCAAGAUAAGAUACAUUCCUCAAUGCUAUUUCUAUCUAUGUGCCAUUGAACCCUGUUGGCUUGCUUUGUUAUCGUUACUACGCUGGAGUCAGCUUAUGUCAAGAUCUCUUUUUUGGGUACUCGACCUGGAGAGCAAGUAGGUGCAGAUGAGAGAAGUUGUCUUGUACUAUACAUUCGAGUGUACCUCGCAUCGUCUGAAGCCGUGAGUGCAGAAUUCGAAAAUCAGUAAAAUGCCUUUGUUGUAUUGAUAUCGCUUUCGCACUGAUUAUUCUCUUGAGAAUAUGCAUCUGUUGCAACCACAACUAAAGUAGAAAGGAACUUUUUACUUGCAGCCUGAUUUACAUUAUUAUGCAGCCUAUUCCAUCUGCCAUUGUUGAUGCGGACGGCUAGUGAGGCCCCUUGCCGGCGAGCCGCAAUCAGCACUGCCGUUGAAUGCCUCACUGACCGAUGACUCACACGUGACUCUGUCGAUUGUGGCCUGGAGGACCUUCGUAUUGAUUCUUCUCGUUAACGACUGAAAGAGGUUGAAGUUUGUGUUUCAGGCACGAGGCUCGACUCUGCUAUAAAAUUGACAGUUGUCCCGCCAAAUUUGCAAUUCCACAACCUCAUACUCUCAACUUAAAUUUGCUUGUGCAGUUCCGAACGCGACCGCCGCAGACAAACACUCAUUCGAAUACAUACACUUUCGUUGCACAGACUGAAUCGCUUCUUCCAAUGUCUCUCAACAUCGUUCGAUCGAUCUCCGCCAACAUGGCUUCCUCGGAUAUCCUCUCCCAGACCCUUAGCUCGAUUACCUCUAUCAAGCUUGAUGAGAUCUCGUAUCAACGAAACAGCUUCGAGACUGCCAAGGCCGAACUCCUCGAUACUGCUCGAAAUAACACGGACCAAGCCAGCAAGGUCAAGGCACUACUCAAGAUCAAUGAUGGAACCUUGCCAGGCCUGGGCGCGGUUGAUACCAAUGCAUCCACCGACUUCGACAACAUGGUCAGAUUCUUGGAGCAAGCCAAGUUUGAUCCUUCGGUAUCCACUACGAUCCAGCAGGAGUGGCAAGCGAAGCUGGAGAAGCAACUUGAUAUCCACUCUCUGAAGUACGAGUAUGCUGCACUUUACGGCAAGUUGGUUAACGAGUGGCUCUCUGCCAAUGUCGACAAGACAGCAGAAUCAGACGCCGAUAUGGGAAGUGGCUUCGAGAGUAUUGGACGCAAGGAGAUGCACGACCAACGUCAGAAAUGGGAGGAUAUGGUGUUCACAGCCCGAGAGACAGACACUUCUGCCAUCGAUUCGUACCUCACGAAGCUGUUCUCUUCCACGAAGGACAUCACAUCUGCCUAUUACACACUCCGCCUGGAAACCGAAUCUUUUGAAAAGAAGAUGGCCUCAGACGUGCACUUCGACCAAGGUUCCUUGACAUGGGUUAUCAAAGGUCUUCUUCGGAGCGAUCUUGUGACUGACGAGAAGCGAAAAGUUCUCAAAGAUUUUCUCAACAACAAGGUAGUCCUCGAUGAAAUUGCCGAUGUCCUCAACAUGCGAAUGUCAGCUUUGGACAAGUGGAAGUGGGAUGCGGCCGGAACUCCUGUCGAGCAGAGACGCCAACUCAACGGUCGAUACCGCUUUUACCAUGAUGAGGACCUCCUUCAAACCAUCCUUCUCCGCUACAUCGGUGUCAAAUGGUCUGUCUUCUUCAAGAAUGUAUUCGAGAAGUUCCAGCAAACGGAAUCGGUCUGGAAGUCAACGGUUGCACGGAUGACACCUACUGACCGUGAACGUCGUGAAUACUUCCUUGGUUCUGAUUUUCCAGGUCGUGUUGCCAAGAAUGGUGUGGAGGCUCGUCGGUCAGCUCAGUUCAAGGACGAGAUCUUCAUGGAACAGCUUCAGGGAGAUAUUCGGGAGCAACGUGGGGGCUACGACGAUGAUAAUGAGGAUGAACAGGACACCCGUAAGUCUGGGCAGCAGAUUACUCAGACUCUGUUGCACACCCUUGCUACCGAGAUCAUCCUGAAGACUCGCCUGAACCAGGACGUGACUGUAGUCCGGACUGAUUUUGCUUGGUUUGGGCCUUCACUGCCUCACUCAACCAUGUUCGCUGUACUCAAGUUCUUCAAGGUUUCCGAACGCUGGGUCAAUUUCUUCCGCCGGUCGCUUGAGGCUCCUAUGAAGUUUGUUCAGGAUGGCCCAGACGCACCCGUUCAGAUUCGUCAGCGUGGAACUCCCAUCAGCGGGCCCCUUAGCGAUUUCUUGGCCGAGACUGUCCUGUUCUGUCUUGACUUUGCUUUCAAUCAAGAAAGUAAUGGCCUCCGCCUGUACCGAUUGCAUGAUGACAUCUGGUUCUGGGGAUCCGAUGAUCAAUGUGUCCAGGGAUGGGAUGUUAUGACCAAGUUUGCCACCCUCGCCGGCCUCGACUUCAACGAAGAGAAGACUGGAAGCGUUCGUAUUGCUUGCCCCCGAAAUAGCUCGAGCGCUCUCGCUGAAGUGCACCCCUCUCUUCCUCAGGGCGAUGUUCGCUGGGGUUUCUUGAAGCUCGACUCCCAAUCCGGUCGUUUUCUUAUCGACCAAGAGUCUGUAGAUCGCCACAUCGAAGAGCUGCGACUCCAACUCGAUGCUUGUAAGUCUAUCUUCGACUGGAUCCACGUCUGGAACAUCUACGGUGCACGCUUCUUCAGCAACAAUUUCGGCAAAUCCUCCAACUCGUUCGGCCUUGCUCACGUCGAUAUGCUGCUUCAGACCUUUGCUCGGAUCCAGGCCAAGCUAUUCGCCAGGAGUGGUGGCAGUGUGACUUCCACACUGAAGCAGAUGCUCACUGAUCGCUUCGGUGUGACUGACAUCCCGGAAGGCUACCUGUACUUCCCAAUGUCGAUGGGUGGUCUCGACCUCAAGUCUCCAUUCAUCGACCUCUACCUGAUCCGCGGCAGCGUUUGUAACAGACCCGACGUGUUCAUGGAUAAUUUCUUCACCCAAGAGGACAACGACUACCGCCGUGCAAAGGAGGCAUUCGAGAACGGCCUGUACCGCCAUUCUGGUCCGGACUACUCCCUCAAGAUGAAGUAUGGCAAGGAGGGCUUCUUCACAAUGGAGGAGUUCACUCGCUACCAAGAGCUUACUUCCAGGAACCUGGCGAGAGCCUACGAAUUAUUGACCAUGGAGCCUGCUGUUGAGAAGGUUAAGGUCACGGCCGAGGUGACUGCGGUUAUUAGUGGGAGGUGGCGCACCUUGAGCCCUUAUCAGCAAUGGGUCAUCCAAUUGUAUGCUUCGAACAUGAUUGCACGAUUUGGUGGCUUGAAUAUCGUUGACAAGGGCUUGCUUCCUACCGGGAUGGUCAGCAUGUUUCGUGAGAGUCGUUUCAAGUGGCAGGGAUAAUUGGUGUUCGCCAUGAAUUGGAGGUGGAGAGGGAAAGCUGAGAUACCAAUUUGCAUACACGGGAAGGAGUUUACGGGAUAUGUGUCGGGGAAUAAAAUGGCGUUUGUCUAGGACUUCUGCAUUAUGGCUAAAUUGCUUCUUCACUUGAAAUACAAUCAGCGAGAACAAGGGCUUUGAAUGUGUUACCCUUGGGUACUUAGAGUGUUUGGCAUGCCACUAUAGGCAAAAGUGAUCACUCGUAAUGGAGUUUUUACACGUUGAUUAUUCUGGUACAGAGUCCAAGAGCUUAUCUUUACAUCCAUAUUUUGCUUCAGCGUCAUAGAACAGUCCCCUUCCUGAGUCUCAUAGCACAUAUUUUGAACUGGCCAGAAACAGCCGAGCAUUAUGACAAGAGUUAUUUCUAUCUUCGUUUAGCACCACACAGAUAGUUUGAGUACAGAUUUCCUCUACCUGUACCUUUUAAAGAAGGAAGCUUCCAUUAUCAACGCCCACUCUUCUGGCGAUCUGAUCGCCGGCUUCGGAAAAUGGAAGGGAACGGCUAGCUCGCUUAAUUGCCCCACCCAAACAAAAUAUCAACACCUACAUCAACAAAAAGCUUAAAGAUUUCUGCCUGAUGGACAUCAAUCACACAGCUUUCAAAGCUAUAAAAAUGAAAAAUCAAAAGAAUUCAACUCAAAAGCGAUCCAAAACCCAAAACAGCAAAACCCGAUCGGAAGCUCAACACUCUAAUGGGUGUCAGGUUCCAUUUACUAAACGUAAUUUAAUAUGUUUUGCGAAUCUACGAAUCUACGAAUCGGUAAUUGGUGUUCGUAUACGAUUGAUUUGGCGACUGGUACAACCGAGACAGGGCCUCACUUCUUCGGC